CCGUGUUUCUCUCCGUGUUUCUUCCUCCUCCGCAUCACCCGCAUCAUGAGUUGCCAUAGCGACGUUUACUCCACGAGCUCCUACCGGAAGUUCUUCGGGGACUCCUCUCGCGUGCCCGCUCCUCCGCUGCGGUCCUCGGCGGGUUACCGGGUUUACGGAGGCGGUUACCGGAGCCGGUUCUCUUCCUCGGCGCCGGAGGCGGCGGAUCUCGCGCACUCGGCUGCGUCGGCCACCGAGCUGAAGAUCGUGCGCACCAAUGAGAAGGAGCAGCUGCAGGGUCUCAACGACCGCUUCGCCGCCUUCAUCGAGCGCGUGCGCGAGCUCGAGCAGCACAACCGCGCGCUCGAGGCCGAGGCCGAGUCGCUGCGCCGCAGCCUGGGCUCCGAGCCCGCGCGCCUGCGCGACCUCUACGAGCGCGAGCUGCGCGAACUGCGCGAGCGCGCCGACCAGCUGGAGCGCGACCGGAGCCGCGCGCAGCUCGAGAACGCGCACCUCGACGAGGCGCUCGCGCGCGUCCAGGACAAGCUGCGCGAGGAGAGCCGCCUGCGCGACGAGGCCGAGAGAGAGCUGCAGCGGUGCCGCAAGGAGGCGGAGGACGGAGCGCUGCACCAGCUCGAGCUCCAGAAGAGGGUGGAGUCGCUGCUGCACGAGAUCGACUUCGCGCGAAAAGUGCACGAUGAAGAAGUGCGCGAGCUGCAGGCGUCACUACAAGCCUCUCAGAUAUCUGUGGAGAUGGACUUGAGUAAACCGGAUCUCACUGUGGCUCUGAAGGACAUCCGGGCGCAGUACGAGAUUUUGUCCUCACGGAACCAGCAGCAGGCGGAGGAUUGGUACCGCUCCAAGUUCGCCAGCGUGACCGAGGCGACAGCACGCGAGACCGACGCCAUCAAACAGACCAGAGACGAGCUGAGCGCAUGCCGGCGCCAGGUUCAGGCGCGAACGCUGGAGAUCGAAGCCCUACGCAAUCACAACGAGGCACUGGAGCGGCAGCUGGCCGAGAUGGAGGAUCGCCACAGCACCGAGAUCGGAGAGCUGCAGGAGACGAUCGCUCAGCUAGAAGACACUCUGCACAGCACUAAAGGAGAAAUGUCCCGUCACCUGCGCGAGUAUCAGGACCUGCUGAAUGUCAAGAUGGCGCUGGACAUCGAGAUCGCCGCCUACAGGAAGUUGCUGGAGGGUGAAGAGUGCCGUCUGAGCAGUGUGGGCGUGACCUCAAUCCAUCCUGCCUACUCUGCUGUUUCCUAUUCAGUGGGACGAGCUUACACCCUGGGUGCCUACAGGAGGGGCGUGGCCAAACCUGAGAGUGAGGAGGAAGAGGGCGAGAAGGAAGCGGAGGAGAAGGAAGAGGGAGAAGAAAGGGAAGAAGAAGAAGAAGAAGUAGCAGCUGAGGAGGAAGGAGGAGAGGAAGAGGAGGAGGAGGGGGAGAAGGAGGAGGGAGAGGAGGAGGAAAAGGAAGAAGAGGAGGGAGGAGAGGAAGAAGAAGAAGAAGAAGAAGAAGAAGGAGGAGAGGAAGGAGAGGAAGGAGACCAGGUUGAAGAAGAGGUGGUGGUGAAGGAAGAGAAGGAAGAGAAGAAAGAAAAGAAGGAGCAGGAAGAAGAGAAGAAGGAGGUGAAGGAGCAGGAAGAAGAGAAGAAGGAAGUGAAGGAGCAGGAAGAAGAGAAGAAGGAGUUGAAGGAGCAGGAAGAAGAGAAGAAGGAGUUGAAGGUGCAGGAAGAAGAGAAGAAGGACAUUAAGGAGCAGGAAGAAGAGAAGAAGGAAGUGAAGGAGCAGGAAGAAGAGAAGAAGGAAGUGAAGGAGCAGGAAGAAGAGAAGAAGGAGGUGAAGGAGCAGGAAAAAGAGAAGGAGACGAAGGAGCAGGAAGAAGAGAAGAAGAAGGACAAGGAGAUGGUGAUGGAGAAAGAGAAGGAGAAAGAGAAAGAGAAGAAGAGUGAAGACAAAGGAGAUGAGGCUAAGACCGAGAGCAAAACUGACAGCAAGGCCGAGAAAACCGAAAACAAUAAAGGAGACAAGAGCAAGUAAAGACACGCCCGUCCACGCACAGAUCCGGACUCUAAUCUUAUUUACAUCUCAAUCAAUACACCAUCGUCUUCAUCAUCCAUUUAGGAAGUGGUCUCCUACAUCUCAUUCUCCAUGGUGACCACACGCAUCUCCACAGUAGCUGUUCGUACAUCAUGCACUGACCACUGAAUGUUCAGUAAGAGCCUUAAUGUAGCGACAGUUUUAUGAUAUACAGGUUAGAAACCCAGUGCUGGGUCCAACACGGACGAACCCACCAUCGGCUGUGAGGCUGUGAGGCUGGGUUGUUGGGUUGUUGGGUUGUUGAGGAUGUUGAGGAUGUUGAUCUGAUAAACUGGGGUGAUUUUUAAACCUUACGUGUGGGUAAAAAUGACUACGUUACUGGGCUGUAGACACGUGAGUUGCUAUAGUUAACGUGUACACAUCACAUCACGUGAGCUUUUUUUUUUCCUAUCGGCACAAAAGAAGUUUCAGCCAGCGCUUUUUCUCUACCACAUCACUUCGUGACAAAAACUCGAUCACUCAAUAUCGUAUCUGUGCACUUUUCGAGCGACAAAACACAAAUCAAACUCGACUACAGUGCUAGCCAAUAAUCCGAGAUAAUGUUACAGUGAAAUCGCGAGGUCAUUUUUAACUAGCUAGAAGUAACGUUAACAGUUAUGGAGCUGCCCAGAAUUAGGUAACUCACUGUUAGCUUUAAGUACAAUAAUGUAAGUAUUUAAUCAAUCCUUACAAAUUUCGUACAAAAAUGCUAAUUUGUCUUUACAAAAAGCCAACUUUUCUCCCUCAAAUAACAUUAGCUAGCAUUCAUUUGUCAGCCAAAUUACACGUUAAUAAUGUUACAGAGAAAUCGCAAGGUAAUUUAUAACUAGCUAGAAGUAACAUUAAUAAUGUAGCAGCCCAAAAUUAGGUAACUUAAUGUUAACUGUAAAUAUAAUAAUGUAAGAAUUUAAUCUUAUCUUUAAAAAUGCCUUCAUUUUCAUCUUAUUUAUUACAAGGAGCCAACUGUUUCUCCUUCAAAUAAAGUUAGCUAGCAUACUUUUUCUCAGCCAAACUACAUGUUAAUAAUGUUACAGAGAAAUCGUGAAGUAAUUAAGAACUAGCUAGAAGUAACAUUAAUAAUUAUGUAGCAGCCCAAAAUUAGGUCACUUAAUGUUAGCUAUAAGUGUAAUAAUGUUAGAAAUACUAAUUUUUCUUAUUUAUUCCAAGAAGCCAACAAAUUCCCCAUCAGAUAAUGUUAGCUAUACUUUUUCUCAGCCAGACUACAAGUUAAUAAUGUUAUUGCCUACAUAAUAUCUAGUUAAUAGAGAAAUAUAAUUUUGAAAGCUUCAAUUAAGCUGAUUUCUUUAACUUUUUUGGCUGGCGCUCUGUCUCGACAGAUGCAGUAGCAAACUCUAGAAAUUUUGAAAUUUGACGUAGCAUGACUGUUCCCUUUCAGGUCCUCAACCCAGUAUGCCCAGUUUGGGUCACGUCGAGGCUUUUACUCGACCCAACAAUCUAAAUCCAGCAGCUGAGCUGAUAAUCUCCAAACAUGGUUCCAACAGACAUGGUGCUUUUAGAUUUAAACAUCGAUUUGGAAGCUGAUCGGUUUGGCAAUUCGGCUGCAAUUCAAACAGUUAAAGUAAAAGGAGCAGUUUGGCGAAAAAUCUGAUUGACAAGUUUUUUUUUUGGAGAGUUUUUGGUCGAUCAACCAAGACAUGUUUGGUGUUUAAUGGAUGCUUCUUUAGUUUUGCCCUGGAGGUAACAUUUGUGAAUUAUUUCCAAUUUUUGGCUAGAUUUCUGAGGAUGUGGGCGUGGCCUAAACCGUCACUAGGAGCUACCAAAUUAUGCCGAGGGGAAAAAUAUUCCAGUUUUCCAAGAUGGCUGCCUCAGAACAUUCUAGCGUUCAGCUACACAGUGUUUAUGCUGAAGUUUUAUGUUUAAGUUCCAUGUUAGCUACAUUAGGCUUUAGUCAUUAGUCGUUUCCUUACUAAAACUGAAAUUAAAAAACUAAAGAAAGAUGCCAGACACUAAACACGGCUGAUCAACUAAAUUUAUAAUAAAUGGACUACAAAUUAGAUUUCUUGCCAAAUUAUUCCUUUAACUGUCUAUUUAAAAGCUUUAUCUUUAAAUGCAGGCAUCCAUACACUCAAUGCUUUUAUUCCUUUAGCGGAGAAAGAUGUAAAAUAUUUUUUCAUCCUCAUUCUCACCUGCCACGCAUUUCAUCACAAACACUAAAUCUAUACUAGAACUGUUUAAAGGGCUUUGGGAGCGUAGAUGUGAGAGCUUGCAUUUUUGCAUCUAGUCAAUUCAAGAAUGAAACAGAUUUUAAAGCGGUUGCUGCUAUUUAUCGUCCAAGUUCAUAUGUAUCAAGUAUGCUUUUUUUUUUUUUUUUGGAAAAAACCCACCUCCUGUUGACUUGUUCAUUUGUAAUAAAUCUUCCUGCAGAUCAGCAGUUUAAAUCAAAUGUAAGAACAUCGCCACAUCGUCACACAAGCACAAGGACGUUUUCCUUGAAGCCACAGUUAAAAUAGAAACCUGCUGAAAGCUUGUUUUGACCCUGACGUGUUUUUAAGACACAGCGUUUGGUUUUGACAGGUCGAACUCUCUGCACAUGACAGACAGACAGAGAGACAGUCUCCUAGCUACAGCCAGUAGAUAAGGACUAUUACCUCACUAUAUAAACACACACACACAUGGCUGACUAACACUCACGGCACAUCAGCGGUAGUGUCACAAAACAACUAUAGCCACAAAGGAGGCGUGGCCUUCAUUACUGGCAGUCCCAUGGAAGGAGGUGUGGCCUCUGCCCCUGUCAGUGCCAGUAAAGGAGGCAUGGCUUCUGUGUCUGUCAGUACCAGUGAAGGAGGUGUGGCCUUUGUUCCUGUCAGUCACAGUGAAGGAGGCGUGGCCUCCGUACAUGUCAGUCCAAGAAAUGGAGGCGUGGCCUCUGUUUUUGUCAAUCCCAGGGAAGGAGGCGUGGCCCCUGUACAUAUCAAUCCCAGGGAAGGAGGCGUGGCCCCUGUACAUGUCAAUCCCAGGGAAGGAGGCGUGGCCUCUAUUUCUGUCAGUCACAGUGAAGGAGGCGUGGCCUUUGUUCCUGUCCGUCACAGUGAAGGAGGCGUGGCCCCUGUACAUAUCAAUCCCAGGGAAGGAGGCGUGGCCUCUGUUUCUGUCAGUUUACGUGAAGGAAGUAUGGCCUUUGUUCUUGUCACUCACAGUAAAGGAGGCGUGGCCUUUGUUCUUGUCACUCACAGUAAAGGAGGUGUGGCCUUUGUUCUUUUCAGUCCUAGUGGAAGAGGUGUGGUCUUUGUAACCGUCAGUUACAGUGAAGGAGGUGUGGCCUUACUUAACAUUUUUUCAGAUAAAAUCGAACAGUUUGCACAAAUCACCUGAUGUCACAUUAAAGCAGCUGUAUCAUGUCACAUUAAAGCAGCUGUAUCAUGUCACACUAAAGCAGCUGUAUCCUGUCACGUUCCAUCAUCUGCUUUACAUGUUUGAGUCGACAGGAGGUUCAGUUUAUCUGCAUGGUCUAACUUUUAGAGCUUGCUUUAAGAAGAUAGGAUGGAACAGUUUUGCUUGUUGUGUGUAAAUCAAGAGAUAAAGUACGCACUGAAAUUGCCUUAAUGGUGAAUGAAAUGCAUUUCCACUUUCACACUGUAUCAGAAGAGCUUUUAGUCUUCCACUGAGAAUGUAAGAGCUGCUCGUUUCUCAAAACCAAAUAAAGCUGUUUAUCAACCAACA